AUGAUAAGACAUUUAACAUACUUUAUCGACAUGGCAUCAAGAGAUGCAGAGGAACAUCAAGGAGAUCUGGAUCCAGAAUUAUUAGCAAAAGGAAUUGUCGACGAAGAAAGUGAAAUUCCAUAUUUAGAUGAGAAUUUACCAAAACUCUGUUGA